AACGAGCUUCUAAGCGGGCGUUUCAAGCAACGUCUGAAACAUUCGUUUUCGCACAAUCGCUGUAGCAGUGGCCGAAGACGACUCCAGCGUCUCAGGUGCUUCAUUUCCAGCCAUGGAUAACGCCAUUUCUCUUUACAUGUCGAAAGGACUGCGACAUAGUCCUUUUCUCGCGAUGAGGUUCGCGGUCGUCGGUGUGGACAGAGAAAUGCGAGAGACACUGUGCGAUCAACUCGUCAAGUUGUCAGAAUGGCCCGAAUUUCGCCCGUGCACAUCCAACUCCUUCGAGUCAGUGGAAGCGCUUGGAGAAGUUCCAAGCAUCCAGAACAAUCUGCUUUGCGUAGUCAUCCUAGACAUCACUUCUCUAAUGAGCUGCACAAGCGUGAACAGUUGGCUAGAGAGCCUACGGAACCAGCAGUGUACCAGCAGAGUGUGCGUCAUUGUCCACAAUGGUUUCGCUAUUGUGGACUGAGCUCCUUGAACCUGUCGUCCUGCCAUCAUGAAGUGCAAGACUCUCUUAAUGCAUUAAUAAAGCAGUUCACAAGAUGU